CCCAGCCAGUCAGCAGGCAGCUCGACCAGACCGCGUCUGCCGGAGCGCAUGGCCGGGCGCGACCACCGCUGGGCAGCCACGUCGCCCUCGUCGUCCGGGCGGCGCUGGGCGUGGAGCCCCGCGCUCUCUGACCGCGGCACCAUCAGCAGGGGCAGGGGCAGCAGCAGCAGCAGCAGCUCCUCCUCCUCCUCUUCCUUGAGGUCCCUCUUCCGCUCCAUCGGGGUCUGGUUCACGUCGUCGGCCUCCAGGAGGCGCCGGAUCAAAGAGGCCGCGCCGGCGGCGGUUGACGUGAUCAAGAACAAGAAGCCGCCGUUGCCGGCGCAGACGACCGGGGGGAAGCCGUCCGCCCGCGGGCUCUACCUCUACGCCGGCAGCAGCGGCUCCCGGAACGGCAGCGGGUGGCAGCAGCAGCUGCGGCCGUCGUUCCAGAGCUCCGUCUUCUCCAUGGAGGAGAUCCUCCGGGCCACCAACAACUUCUCGCCGGCGCUCAAGAUCGGCCAGGGCGGCUUCGGGGCCGUCUACAAGGGCGUCCUCCCCGACGGCACCGUCGUCGCCGUCAAGCGCGCCAAGAUGCGGAUGCAAAACCCUCACGUGGACGUGGAGUUCCGCAGCGAGGUCAAGAUCAUGGCGCGCAUCGAGCACCAGAGCCUGGUGCGCUUCUACGGCUACAUGGAGUGCGGCGAGGAGCGCAUCGUCGUCGUCGAGUACGUCCCCAACGGCACCCUCAGGGAGCACCUAGACAGGUGCCACGGGCGUUUCCUCGACUUGGGGACCCGCCUCGACAUCGCCAUCGACGUCGCCCACGCCGUCACCUACCUCCACAUGUACUCCGACCACCCCGUCAUCCACCGCGACAUCAAGUCCUCCAACAUCCUCCUCACCCACUCGCUCCGCGCCAAGGUCGCCGACUUCGGCUUCGCCCGCCUCGGCACCUCCGGCGCCGGCGCCGGCGAGGCCACGCACGUCACCACGCAGGUCAAGGGCACGGCGGGCUACCUCGACCCGGAGUACCUCAAGACCUGCCAGCUCACCGACCGCAGCGACGUCUACUCCUUCGGCGUCCUCCUCGUCGAGCUCGCCUCCGCGCGCCGCCCCAUCGAGACCAAGCGCGAGAUGAAGGAGCGCCUCACCGCGCGCUGGGCCAUGGCCAGGUUCAUCGGCGGCGCCGCCGCCGACGUGCUCGACCCGCACCUCGCGCGCACGCCCGCCGCGGAGCGCGCGCUCGAGAUGCUGCUGGAGCUCGCCUUCCGGUGCAUGGGGCCCGUCAGGCAGGACAGGCCCGCCAUGAGAGACUGCUGCAGGGCGCUCUGGGCCAUCAGGAAGACAUACAGGGACAUGCUCGCCGCCGACGUCACGCCCCAGGAGCACUCCGACCGACUAGUCACCGGCGCCGCCGACCUCAUCUGAUGCCUGCCUGAUGAUGAUCCAACGCAACGCAACAACCUUACUAGUACUCUUACACUAUUGCUAGCUACUACUAACUGAUUUGCUUUGACUGACUCUGCUCUGCUGUAAAUAUAGACCAACCAAACAUUUGUUGUUGCAUUUCUCUUCUUCUCAUCAAUUAAUUAUACAUUUUACGAGCAGUCGCCAUUGGCAACGUACUGCAAGUCACCGGUUUGCCUAAUUAGCCUGAUGAAUCAUAGCAUAAUUUGUUCUGCAA